AUGGAGUUCCUGCACGGGCAGAGGCUGGAGACCGCGGUGGCCGUCGCGGUGGCCGUCGUCGCCGUCGCCGCCGGCGCCGCCUACCUCUUCAUCCGCAGUAGGAAGCCCAGGGGCUGCCUGGAUCCCCAGAAUUUCAAGGAGUUUAAACUUGUUGAGAAGAGGCAGCUGAGUCAUAAUGUUGCCAAGUUCAAGUUUGCGCUCCCAACACCUACUUCUGCAUUGGGUCUUCCAAUCGGACAACAUAUAAGCUGCAGAGGACAGGAUGCUGCUGGUGAGGAAGUGAUCAAGCCUUAUACUCCAACUACUCUGGACUCUGAUCUUGGAUCCUUUGAGCUUGUUAUAAAGAUGUAUCCCCAAGGAAGAAUGUCCCAUCAUUUCCGUGAGAUGAAAGUUGGUGAUUAUCUGUCUGUGAAGGGACCUAAGGGCCGUUUCAAGUACCUACCUGGACAAGUGAGAGCAUUUGGAAUGAUAGCUGGAGGAUCAGGCAUUACUCCAAUGUUCCAAGUCACAAGGGCAAUUCUUGAGAACCCAAAAGACAAUACAAAAGUACACUUAAUCUAUGCAAAUGUCACUUAUGAGGAUAUUCUUCUGAAGGAAGAGCUUGACAGUAUGGCCAAAAACUAUCCCCGUCGCUUCAAGAUCUACUAUGUCUUGAAUCAGCCUCCUGAAGUCUGGGACGGUGGUGUUGGGUUCGUGUCAAAGGAAAUGAUCCAAACUCAUUGCCCAGCGCCUGCUGCUGACAUUCAGGUGUGCUAUCUCUGUUCUUGCAGAGCUAUGGACGCGUGCGCAUACUGCCCUAUGAGGCCGAAACACGAACAGCACAGCGAUGUCAAGCCGCUCGUUUACGCGCCACAGAGUUGGAUUUUGGGGGGGAAAGCUUCCAUCGUUCUUCUGCCUUCAAAAGGGAUGUCUUUUUCAGAUGACGGAAAGAUGAAGGGCUGUCAGCCAAACCUCUUUCGAAAGGAUAAGCAAGUCGCCAAGAGGACAGACCGUGCAAGCUGCUCCACAGCUAAGUGUGGAUCAAGCAACUCAAAGUCACCAUCUUCAUCCCCCUUCCGGAAACUUUCAGAAGUUAGGAGCAUACGUCUCAGCCAUUUUCUAAGUCACUCUUCAAAUGCUACAAAAUAUGAACAUGUUAGGAUAUUUGUCUCCACAUGGAACGUUGGAGGAAAAGCGCCUACCGCCGAGUUGAAACUGGAUGAGUUUCUUCCUGCUGAUGACCAUUCAGAUAUUUAUGUUUUAGGUUUUCAGGAAAUUGUGCCUCUCAAUGCUGGUAAUGUCCUUGUGAUAGAAGAUAACGAACCAGCUGCAAGAUGGCUUGCUCUUAUAAACCGUGCACUAAAUCAACCAGUUGACACUGAUGCUGAUAUAUUUCAGCACAAACCAUCUCCCUCCCUGGAUUCAACCUCAUCCCAGUCAACACCAGGCCUUGAUGGUUCGUUCUCCAACCGUUCAAGAACAGCCAGUGGUUCUAUAAUCUUCCAAAAAUCCUUGAAAUCCAUCAGGAAAUCUUACAUGCCAUCUCAGAGAAAACAGCUCAAAUUCUGCAAUUGCCCAGUGGAAAUGGCCAAGAAAUCCUACAAAGAUGCUUGCUUUCGAUGCCCACGGCCACAAGCAUAUGCCAAUGAAAUGGACUCUUCAGAAGAGGAUGAAUUGGAUGACAAAUUGAAUGAUAUUUUUGGCCUUAAUGAUGAUGAUGUUACUUCGUCUACUUCUGCCUCCAGGGACCAGCUAAAGUAUAACCUCAUAUCUUGCAAACAAAUGGUUGGUAUUUUUGUCACAGUCUGGGCAAAGAAAGAACUAGUGCAGCAUAUAGGACAUUUGAGAACGUCCUGUGUUGGUCGCGGAAUAAUGGGAUAUCUUGGAAACAAGGGAUGUAUAUCAGUAAGCAUGACACUGUACCAGACAAGCUUUUGUUUCAUCUGCAGCCAUUUGGCUUCAGGUGAGAAGGAAGGCGAUGAAUUGAGGCGGAAUUUAGAUGUGUUAGAGAUUCUAAGGCUCACACAAUUUCGAAGGAUUUGCAGAAGAGCUGGGCGAAGAAUCCCUGAGAAAAUUCUCGACCAUGAGCGGGUGAUAUGGUUAGGAGACCUGAACUACCGAAUUUCCUUGAGCUAUGAAGAUACAAAAAAACUUCUGACUGAAAAUAACUGGGAUGCCCUCUUUGAAAAGGAUCAGCUCAAUAUUCAGCGUGCAUCUGGAAGUGUGUUCAAGGGGUGGAGUGAGGAGAAGAUAUAUUUUGCUCCCACAUACAAGUACUCUUGCAACUCAGAUUCUUAUGCUGGAGAGACUGCCACAUCAAAGAAAAAGAGGAGAACCCCAGCCUGGUGUGAUAGAAUACUAUGGCAUGGAGAUGGUAUCGCACAGUUAUCAUACUUCCGGGGGGAAUCUCAAUUCUCUGACCAUCGUCCUGUUUGUGGAACAUUUAUUGUUGAUGCUGAAAGGCUAGAUGGCAAAUCAAAGAGGCGCUCAUCAAAUACUAACAUUAGAAUCGGUGCUGAAGAGCUGUUACCGUUACCGACAAGCGACAAGCAUAACUAA